AUGGACAAAAGUAAUUUUGUUCAUAAUCCAAUUGUCCCUGGCUUUAAGCUCAUGAGGGAUGAAAGUGGCGUUAAGGUGGACAAGACUUACUACAAACAAGUUGUGGGUGGUCUCAUGUAUCUCACAGCUACUCGGCCAGACAGGAUGUUUGUGAGUGAUUCUCAACUUCUUCUCACAAUGGGGAGUUCUCAAGUGAUGGGUUUUGCAUUCUUGGUUUUGCUCCUUCUGGACCUCUCCUUUGCUGCCAGAAUUGUGAAGGAAUAUGGUGCCAAAGGAGGUGGCGGAGGAGGUGGUGGUGGAGAGGGUGGCGGCGGCGGUGGUGGUUCAGCUAUCGGAGCUGGUUCAGGCUACGGUUCUGGAUAUGGUUCGGGUAGUGGUUCAGGGUAUGGUGGUUCUGACGGGUAUGAAAGUGGUGGAGGUGGAGGUGGGAGUGGCGGAGGAGGUGGCGGCGGUGGGGGAGCUGGAGCAUCCGGGUCUGGAUCAGGCUACGGUUCAGGAUUUGGAUCCGGGUCAGGAAGUGGAGGCGGGAAAGGAGGCGGUGGAGGAGGGGGCAGAGGCGGAGGAGGAGGCGGAGGCUCUGGGUCGGGCGUCGGGAGUGGCUCCGGAUACGGAUCAGGGAGCGGAAGUGGGUACGGAAGCGGGAGUGGUGGUGGCAAAGGAGGUGGGGGAGGAGGAGGAGGCGGUGGAGGAGGAGGAGGCGGAGGCGGCGGGACUGGAGUUGGUUCAGGAUCCGGAUCCGGAUAUGGGAGCGGAAGUGGAUCGGGACAUGGAUCAGGAUACGGCGGCGGAGAGGAGGGUUUACCCUGA